AUGCCUGCAGAAACAGAGGAUGAGAUUUGUCGAAAGGCGCUGGAAUUGCUCUCCGACCUGUGCUCCAAGGGAGAGGUGCAGGACGACAACUGCCUGGAUUUCAUUUACUACUUCAGGGACUUGGCCAGACCGCGUUACACGGACUCAGAUGUAUCGGUGAGCCUGUUGUCCCUUCUGGUGACCACCUGUGGUCUGGCUCUCUUCAGCGUCUCCCUCUUUGUCUCAUGGAAGUUGUGCUGGGUGCCACUGAGUGGCCGUUUCCUCCCGGAUGUCCUCAAAGGAGCGUACUUCCUGGGAGGAGACCAACAGCCUGUCCUCACAGAGGUGGACGGGGAGGAAAGGGAGUACAGCGAGGAUGGCUGUGUGAAGGAGCCUUCAGGGCCCCCCUCGGCUGUGGCUGUCCCAGAGUCAGCCCUAAAGAUAAGCCACACGUCGCCUGACAUCCCGCUGGAGACCCAGAAUAAGGUGGAGAAAAACCAGGUCCACACUCUGGCCAGAGACAGGGUCCAGAGACAGAUUACUGAGCCUACCUCAUCUGUACGGCACAACUCCAUCCGUCGUCAGAUGAACUUGUCCAAUCCGGAUUUCAAUCCUGCUCAGUUCCAGCGCCAGGAAUCUCUGUCUGGUUUGGGUAGAAUCAAACCAGAACUGUACAAGCAACGCUCGGUUGACGCAGAAGAUGGUCGUCGCACCGACAGCUGUGGGCGUCUCCACUUUGUCCUGAAGUUUGACUUUGACAUUGAGCAGCUGAUCGUGAAGAUCCACAAGGCCCAGGACCUCCCCGCCAAGGACUUCUCAGGGACCUCCGAUCCUUACGUCAAGAUCUACCUGCUGCCUGACCGCAAAAACAAGCACCAGACCAAGGUGCACCGCAAGACACUCAACCCAGUGUUUGAUGAGGUAUUUCUCUUUCCUGUAGCAUACGCCGAGCUGUCAGGCCGGAAGCUGCACUUCAGCGUCUACGACUUUGAUAGGUUCUCUCGCCAUGAUUUGAUUGGCCAAGUGGUGGUGGACAACUUCCUGGAUCUUGCUGACUUUCCCCGUGAGACAAAACUGUGCCGGGACAUACAAUAUGUAACCUCGGACAAUGUGGACCUGGGAGAGUUGAUGUUUUCAUUGUGCUAUCUCCCCACGGCUGGCAGGCUCACAAUCACCAUGAUCAAAGCCAGAAAUCUCAAAGCCAUGGACAUCACUGGAGCUUCAGAUCCUUAUGUGAAAGUGUCCCUGAUGUGUGAAGGCCGGAGGCUAAAGAAGAGAAAGACGUCAACCAAGCGUAACACUCUGAACCCGGUGUACAAUGAAGCCAUUGUGUUUGAUGUUCCUCCUGAGAACAUCGACCAGAUCAGUCUGCUCAUAGCUGUCAUGGACUAUGACCGGGUCGGACAUAAUGAAGUGAUCGGUGUGUGCAGGGUGGGCAAUGAGGCCGAGAGUCUGGGGCGAGACCACUGGAGUGAGAUGCUGACAUAUCCACGGAAACCCAUAGCACACUGGCACCCACUCAUAGAGUGGGUCGGACAGGGAGCAGUGGUCAUUGGAAGCCAAGGAGGAUCCACCAAUUCCCUGAAGACACCACCAUCGCCAUGACCACACACACACACGCACACACACACACAGACACAGAGCCUCGGUGUGGUAGAAAGAUAGAUAAUGGACAGUGUAUUAAAACAUACAGUACAUGGUGUGACUAACAAGCAACUAAGUAGUAACAUCAACUAAAAGCCAUUACUUAAACGGGUGUGUCAUUAGAUUUAACAAGGCUUUAGUGUGGUAAGACUUACUUACUUUAGUCCCUUCACAUUCAAGAAACACUUAACUACAUUCCAAAUGAACUACGAGAGUACUUUCAUUAGUCAUUAUAAGUUGGUACUGACAGUAUUAACAGGUUGAGAUCAUCUUACAGGUUAAGCUGUUUUAGCAACUUGCAGUCUGUGGACCAAAAUCAUUUAUUUUUAGGCCAACAUGUGAAGCUGUUACUUGUGAUUUGUGCAAGCUAUAAUAGAAACAGUAAGAGUUAGACAGGUGAGG